GUUCACCGGCACCCCCUUUACGUCGAGAGUGACGUCACGCCGACGCGUACUGCCCCGCGUGACGUCACGCCGCCCCGGCAGAGCGCGGAUCUCUAGCCAUGGUGGAGGAGGAGAGGCGGAGACCGCUCCUCCGGCUGGUGCAGGAGGGACGGCUGGACCUCCUUCGGGAUGAACUGCCACCAGAUGACACACUGGUCCCAGAGGUGCAGAGCUGGCGCUAUGGACGCUUGGGAGACACCCUGCUGCACCACGCUGCCCGAUACGGGCACCGGGAUGUCCUCUCCUACUUGGUAGAGGUGGUGGGGAUGGAUGUUGAGGUGUUUAAUAGCGACUACAAAAGACCCCUCCACGAAGCGGCCUCCAUGGGCCAUGGGGAGUGUGUCUACUACCUCCUGGAGAGAGGGGCGAGCGUAGACUGCUUGAAAAAGGCAGACUGGACUCCCCUAAUGAUGGCUUGCACCAGGCAAAACCUGGAGGUGAUCAAAGCUCUCGUGGAGCAUGGAGCCAACCCGCUGCUGAAAAACAAGGAUGGCUGGAAUUGCUUCCACAUCGCCAGCCGGGAGGGCCAUCCCCAGGUGCUUCGCUACCUCCUGGAUGUGUCCCCAGGCAGCUGGGACACAGAGAGCACGAUAAAGAGAACGCCUCUGCACACAGCAGCAAUGCACGGCUGUUUUGACGUUGUGGAGCUGCUCCUGGAGAGGUGCCGGUACGAACCUGACAGCAGAGACAAAUGUGGAGUUACUCCCUUUAUGGAUGCCAUCCAGAAUGGGCACGUCAACAUCGCCAGCCUGCUCCUGCAAAAACAUCAGGCAUGUCCUUCAGCCAAGGAUGCACUGGGUGCUCAACCUCUGCACCGGGCAGCCGUCACGGCCCAGGAUGAAGCCAUCCGGUUCCUCGUCUCCGAGCUGGGUGUUGAUGUCAACGAGAGAGCAACAGCCCUGCAGCUCACAGCGCUGCACUACGCAGCCAAGGAAGGACACGGGUGCACCAUCCAGACGCUGCUGUCCCUCGGCGCCGACAUCCACGCGAAGGAUGGGAAGAACCGUUCUGCCCUGCACGCAGCCUGCGCUGGGCAGCGGGCGGACGCCGUACGGAUCCUGCUCCGCUCCGGACUGAGGGACACCCCGGAUGGCACGGGCACGCUGGCACAGCAGCUCGCUCGGAAGCCAGAUGUCAUCCAGGUUUUCCAGGAAACUCGUGUCGGCACGUGAGAUGGAAUGGGAAAGAGAGAAACCACUUUCAUUUCAGCGUGGGCUGAACUUUGCCUCUUCUUGUGUAGUGCUCAAAACAUCUGAACAGCUGAGGCCACAGCUCCCUGAAGUCUAACCAUCCAAGGAAGGUGUCCCAUGGACCUUCUAGAUGACCUCUGGCGACCUACAGGGCUUGAACUGACUGGAGCCUGCCUGGUUCUUGAUGGGAUUGUCUCCAUCCAGUGGCAUCCUGAAGGAGAAGAUACACCUGGAUGGUUGAUGUUUAUAGCCCUUGAUAGACCCGCUCUCCAUGAAUCUCUUAAGUUGCUUUAGGUGGCCACCCCUUUUGGUAGCCCCUGAAAGAUGCCAAGUGUGGUGCAGCGUGAGUGAGCCCUUGGUGACUCUUCCUUCAUCACAUUCGAGCUGCAGAAGACAAGUGCAGGGAGUCUUCAAGGUGCAUCAACCUCUUCCCAUCCUUCCUGUGGCCCCAGCCUGAUCCCAAAACCUGCUGAAAUCAAUCCCGAGACCUCAACCUUGCCGUGACAUUUAGGGUCUUUUUGGAUCAGACUGAAAAAAGAGGUAUUUGUUAUUCUGGACAGUCUUGCUUGGCAUUUUUCAGCACCAAUGAACUUUAAACACACACAAAAAAAUAAAAAAUCCUGCUCUUUGAAGUGUGUAGAGAAAUGGCUUAAUAUUUAAUGUAGCCAGUAAAUCUCUAACAGCCUGGA